CAGUUUUACACAUUAAAAAUGUUGUCAUCUAAGAAUCUAUUGACAAGCAUUGCAUCUCCGGGUCUACGACGUAAAUUUUCGUUGCUCAAAAACCAAGGAUUCAUCAAUGGAAAAUGGGUUGCUGCCCAAGGAAACGCCAAAUUCGAAGUCGUCAAUCCAGCUACCAAAGCUGUAAUUACUUCAGUCCCCGACAUGAAUAUCCAGGAUACUAAACUCGCCAUUGAUGCAGCCACCGAAGCAUUCAAGACAUUUCGCAAUACUACGGCUAAAUAUCGCGCUAACUUGCUUCGAAACUGGUACAACUUAAUGGUCCAGCAUUCUGAAGAGUUAGCAAAAAUUUUAACCCAAGAAAAUGGAAAAUCUCUGGCUGAGUCUCGAGCUGAAAUCACGUAUGGAAAUUCAUUCGUUGAGUGGUUCUCCGAGGAAGCUCGUCGCAUAAAUGGUGAAAUUCUUCCAGCUACAACAGACAAUCGUAAAUUAAUGAUUCUCAAGCAACCAGCAGGGGUAGCAGCUCUUAUAACACCAUGGAACUUUCCACAUGCGAUGAUAACUCGCAAAGCUGGUGCUGCAAUAGCUGCUGGUUGUACAUGUGUAAUAAAACCUUCAGAGGAUACUCCAUUGACAGCACUAGCGCUUGCUCAGCUAGCUGAUGACGCAGGAUUUCCUGCAGGAGUCAUUAAUGUUAUCACUACGAAUACAAGUAACUCACCGGAUGUUGGUAAAGCUAUUUGUGAUGACAAACGUGUUCGAGUUGUCUCGUUCACUGGUUCUACGCAGGUCGGUAAAAUUUUGUACCGUCAGUGUGCUGAUAAUGUUAAAAAAGUCUGCUUAGAGUUAGGUGGUAAUGCACCAUUUAUUGUUUUUGAAUCAGCAAAUAUUGAUUUAGCAGUAUCAAGUGCAAUGGUUUGUAAAUUUCGUAAUACAGGUCAAACUUGCAUAUCUGCAAAUCGAUUUUACGUACAAAAAAAUGUCUUCCAGGAAUUUACUAGUAAGUUUUUAGAACGAAUGCAAAAAGACAUAGUAUUGGGUGACGGUAUGAAACAGAAUGUUACUCACGGACCUCUGAUAAAAAUAAGUCAGAUUGAUAUGGUGGAUCAUUUAGUACAAGAUGCUGUAAGCAAGGGCGCGAAAUUACAUUGUGGUGGCAAACGAUUGGCAGAUCUUGGAGAACUUUUUUACGCUCCUACGCUGUUGACCAAUGUUAAUGAAAAUAUGGAAAUUUUUUCAAAAGAAAUUUUUGGUCCUGUCGCUGUCAUUCACGAAUUUGAAAGUGAAGAUCAGAUUUUUAGAGUUGCAAGGAAAAUGGAAGUUGGCAUGAUUGGAGUUAAUGAAGGAUUAAUUUCAUGUGCCGAAGCAGCGUUUGGUGGGGUUAAAGAAUCAGGAUUGGGAAGAGAGGGUUCUAAACAUGGAGUCGAUGAUUUCUUGGAUAUUAAAUAUCUAUGUCUUGGAAAUAUCCAAUAUUAA